UGAACUCUACAGCUGACAGUGUAAACAGUCAACUAGCGAAUAUUCUGUUGUCAUUUCAUCUGGGAAAGUCAUAGAAGACAAUUUACAGGAGCUUUUGACUUACCGUGACAUCAGUCCUUGUCUUACCAUAAAGUUUUAAGUUCAUAAUUCUAGAAAUUGCUGUCGGGAACUUCUCCGCUCAAACCGAUCGACCACCUUCGAUCUCUGAUCUGAGUAAAUAGAAAGAUGGCGACUCAGCAAGGUGUCACAGAAAUGUGAUCAGCUGUAAGCAAGUGCUGAACCACCAAAGCAAGACAGCAGUCCUACCAGACAGUAAGAAAACUGAAGAAAUAUCCAGACACAGCUGUGUCCUGACUGUCACAAAAAGGCUUUCUGAUUACCCUGUAUCCUGCAACCCAGGCUGAAGACCAUAGACAUACUCCUAUAAGGUCUGCGAGAAAAUUAAUAAUUUGGCUAAAAUUUUGUGUUCUUAUUGGAUUUCCAAUAGCAAAAAAAUUCUUUAGAUUACAUAAUAGAGAUUAAUAUUGACCUUUUUAAAGACCAUCUUCAAUGUGCGAAGUGCAUAUUUUUAGGUUCUAAUCUUAAAUGCUCACCAAAAUGAAACCAUUCAUAAAAGUGUGUCUGUGCUUCAUGAGUCUUUAUGUCGCAAAACAUGUGAUUUUUAACCAAUCGUUGAACAAAUACGAUGAUGAUUUAAACACUAUCAACCAUUUCUCUAAGAACUUUGAGUUACUUUUUCUAUUUUUUCUAUGUUACUCAAGGUUGUUUCUAUGUUGGUUUCUAUGCAAGGUUGGUCAGUUUUAUGUACAGUGGGGCCCCGUGAGGUUAUCUGUUUAUUUGAUCUUCCUGUGCUUGUUUUCUUACGUGUUUGUUGUUAUAAUUCUUGAUGCCACUGUUCUGGGAAUUUGGAAUGUUUUCAAGUCAGAAAUUGUUCGUCGUUUCGAAGACAACAUCAUUUACUUAGAUGGUUUUCAACUCCGACCCACAAUUUACAGGCCGACAAACAUUGAUACUUCGAUCUUCUACUCGUAUUAUUACAAAGGAGAAGAUGUUCUGUUGACCUGUCUUGGUACUGUCACUGGAAGUUCAAAAAGUCUGGAAAAAGAUAUUAAUGUGAUUUGGCUUAGAAAUGGAAAACCACUUACUUCGUCAACUCGCUUUCACCUAACUCUGAAUGUCACAGAAUCAACAAAAAAUGACGAUUUUGCGCAAUCAGCAUCAAAGCAUACACAGAGAAAAUAUACUGUGUUAGCAACACUUACAUUAUACUUCCUGGACUCCGAUGGAUUUGGAAACUACACAUGCAAUAUUGUACAAAGGAUACAAGUGUCAGCUCUUAAAAAAGUAACGCAUAACACAUCAGGAGAAAUGUAUGUUGGUAUUCUUAACUCUACUGAAGAAAGAAAAGAAGUUGCUUGCGAAAUAUUGAGCUAUCAUAAAACAAAAAAAAGCUUUGAAGACAAGCCUUUUUUUGUGAAAGAGAAGUACGCAACGGCAAAGUUCGCGAUUGUUGAAAUUCCUCGUAGACAAAUAACCAUAACUGCGCAGCCAGGAGCUUUUCUUAUAUACAGAGCCCAGUACAGAUAUCGGAGUGAAAGCUAUGAAGACGUUUCUACAGAGUAUUUCAUAAACGGAGAAUCAGCUGAAGGGGGAGUAUGCAGAGGACCCUUUAAAGGAUGCUCUAAGCUUUUGCUGCUGUACUUGUAUUUAAAUUUCGAAUUCUUCUCGCUGGGUCCGUUUAGUCAAAAUAACGAUAGAGAAAGUUAUUCAGAAAAAGUGAAAUCUUCUGAGUAUCGCCAAUGUGUAUGUACCAAGACUUAUGGACGUCACACUACUCACUAUGUACGUCACUUUUACAACGUCCAUAAAGGCAAAUACGAACUUCUGGAGGCUAAACAUCCCGACGAAUUGAUUGUGCUUCCUCGUGAGCAGAACAUGUUAAACUUCUUUCAACAGAACAUAACUUUUAAUGAAACUUUUGAGUCUCUUCCUCCAGAGGUAAUGCAUUUCGUAAAAAUGGCAGCAAAAGGAGAAGAAAAUGUGUUUGAUUUAUGCGAAAGCUUUCUUAUUGGAACAAUGGUGGGUUUAUUUGUCUCCGUGCUAUGGAUCCUCUGUCUGCUUAUUCAAUGGAUAGGAAAAUAUGCUGGAAGAUGCAUUCUUAACCAGCCACUUCCAUGUCUAAGGCACAGAGAGGUCGAUAGAACAGACGACACCGGCGAUGCACGUUAUAAUUUUGAUAUCUUGAUAUCUCACUCAGAAUGGGAUACAGAAAUAGUUGUCGGUCGAAUUCUACCCGUGUUACGUGCUCGUGGACAAAGAACGUGUUCAUCGGAGCUGGACAUCCCACCCAAUUUGCCAGUAACAUUAGCUCUGUCCACAGCCGUCGAACACAGCGCUCGUUACAUUAUUAUCUGGUCCAAAGAAUAUUCGAAAGACAAGUUGAAGCAAAAUCUGGAGGUAGGUAUGAUUAGCAGCGUCGCAAUUGAUAGGAAUAUGCCACCUCAGACGGCUUUACUUGUAAUCAAGAAUGACCACUCUCAGCUUCCUUCUUGGUUGACACCGUUUGAAGUCCAUGACUGGACAACAACGACUUUAUCUAGAGAUGACCAGCUGCGCAGACUGUCCAGAUGGGUGCAGAAGGGCAACAAACAAAACGCAAAAGGGCAAUUCCUCGAUAUUUGCAGCAUUUCUUUGCCUUUUAUUAUCCUCUUUCUUUUUGUUAUAUUUUUCCUUGCCAUCUGGCAUACCGUUUGACGUAUCUUUUGAAGAUACAGUAUAUCGAUUGGGUCUGGUGGUUUAUUUUUCAAAUUAAAACUAUCAUUUGUAAAUAAAGCAUAUUCAUUACUUAUAGUUACAGUUUCACUCAAAGAUCUUUUUGCAUUUAUAAAACGACUCUUCUCUUCAUAUGUAAUGAAUUUGAUUUAAUAUUGUACAUUUUUAUUAUGAAUAUUUCUUAUGCAAGAAUUAUAUGCUUCGUUAUUCACGAUGAUGACAAUGACAACGAUAAUGAGCUAUUCUUACACUCAAGACUAUGUACACUCGUUUCAAUGAAAGCGAGAAACACUUCCUCAAACUAUUCCAUAAAUAAGAAUCAUCUGAAAAAGGGGCGUGCGAAGGAUUUUUCAAAGGGUGCUCAACGUUUUUGCUAUUGUGCUUUUAUUUUACUUAUAGAACUUUUCCUUCAUUUUAGUUCUUUCGAUGUUACUUUGGCCUCUUGAAAAACUGAAAAAUUACCUUCAUUAUCACUGUAUCACUGUGUGUGUGAGUGUGUGUGUGUGUGUGUGCAUCGAUACUUACGGACGUCACAACCUUCACUAUCUAUGUCUUACUUACUAUGCCGGAAAAUGUGUAACAAUGAACGUUUUGUACCUCGAUGAAUGUAUCGUGCUGCCUCGAGAGCAGGAUUCAUUAAACUUAUUAAUCUUAUAAACAGUAUCAAUUUCAGCUUUGUUGACAAAUAUUUACCGUAGAGAUCGUUACAUUAUCAUCUUGCCCUUGGAAUAUUUCAAUUACAUGAUUGGAGACAACGUUAGUUGUUCCAAAAUACUUCCUGGGUCGUCUUGGUUCAUUGUUAAGCUUUAUGACCAAUCUACUUCCUUGCACUACAGCAUCUGACUGGACGACUUCUUUUCACAGAUGUCAUCAAUGACUCCGAUUUCCAGAUAAACAAGAUACGUAAUGUGGUUAUCUCUUUAUUACAAAAUGCUUAUUCCUUUAUUGUCUUAUUCUGAAGGGCGCGAGUUUUUUUCCCAUAUUAAAAUUCUUUGAAUCACCAUCCCUUUUAGUGCCUUGUUAAUGAUGUACAUUUCAUUUUUGUCAAAUAUUUAUAAUGCACUCUUGUGCAAGAACAUUGCACUCAUUAUGUAAGAUGACAAUUUAGUUGUGAAAGUGGUAAUCAAUCCACAAUUUCUGGACGUUGUCAUCUUCAUAGCUGUCAUCCUAGUUAAAAUUAUGUAUCAACAGUAGCAUUACUAUCAUUUGUAACGAUGUUUGAGCUGUACACUGUAUGACCAUGUCACUCCCUGUCAAAACAUGUUGUGUUCUCUAAUCCGUUGGCAUCAUUUUGAAAUAUCUCUUGGCAUAAAUUCUUAAAAUGUUUUUGAAAUCUUUUUAUGUAUUGAAAUUCAUACAUAAAAUACAACAAACUUAUUUUCUUUAAA